AAAGAUGGCGGCGCGGGGGUCUCCGCCUUCUGCUCCCGGCUGAGGCGCGCCGCGGGAGCCGCACUCGCAGUCCCGGGGGGUGGUUCGAGCCGCAGCCGCGGAGGCCGGAGCCAUGGCGGAGCUGGAGCACCUGGGCGGGAAGCGGGCCGAGUCGGCGCGAAUGCGGCGGGCUGAGCAGCUGCGGCGCUGGCGGGGCUCGCUGACGGAGCAGGAGCCCGCGGAGCGGCGAGGCGCGGGGCGGCAGCCGCAGCCGCGUCGCGGGAGCCCCAGGGUCCGCUUCGAGGACGGAGCCGUCUUCCUGGCCGCCUGCUCCAGCGGGGACACCGACGAGGUGAAGAAGCUGCUGGCCAGGGGCGCCGACAUCAACACGGUCAACGUGGACGGCUUGACAGCCCUCCACCAGGCCUGUAUUGAUGAAAAUUUGGACAUGGUGAAGUUUCUGGUGGAGAACAAAGCCAAUGUAAACCAACAAGACAACGAGGGCUGGACACCCCUUCAUGCAGCAGCUUCCUGUGGCUAUCUGAACAUAGCAGAGUAUUUCAUUAACCAUGGAGCCAGUGUGGGUAUUGUGAAUAGUGAAGGUGAAGUCCCUUCUGACCUUGCAGAAGAGCCCGCCAUGAAGGAUCUUCUUCUGGAGCAAGUGAAGAAGCAAGGAGUUGAUCUAGAGCAGUCAAGAAAAGAAGAGGAACAACAGAUGUUACAGGAUGCCCGCCAGUGGCUCAACAGUGGGAAAAUAGAGGAUGUAAGGCAGCCUCGCUCAGGGGCCACAGCCCUCCAUGUGGCUGCUGCCAAGGGCUAUUCUGAGGUCCUCAGACUUUUAAUCCAGGCUGGCUAUGAACUCAAUGUUCAGGAUUACGAUGGCUGGACUCCCCUCCAUGCUGCUGCACACUGGGGAGUGAAGGAGGCUUGCUCCAUCCUGGCAGAAGCACUCUGUGACAUGGAUGUCAGGAACAAGCUGGGCCAGACACCGUUUGAUGUGGCUGAUGAAGGGCUUGUGGAGCACUUGGAGAUGCUCCAGAAGAAGCAGAAUGUGCUUCGAAGUGAAAAAGAGACACGGAAUAAGCUCAUUGAGUCAGACCUGAACAGCAAGUUACAGAGUGGACUCUUUAAGAACAAAGAGAAGAUGCUCUAUGAAGAAGAGAUACCCAAGUCCCAAGAAAUGGAGGAAGAAAGUAAAGAGUCCAGCAGCUCCAGCUCCGAGGAGGAGGAGGAGGGUGAAGAUGAAGCUUCUGAGUCAGAAGCUGAGAAGGAGGCAGAUAAAAAGCCAGAAGCCAUUGUCAACCAUUCCAACUCUGAAAGCAAGAAUAUUAUCACGGAACAGAUACCAACACCAGCUCAGAAUACCUUCUCUGCCUCUUCAGCUAGGAGAUUCUCCUCCAGCCUUUUUAACAAGCCGGAAGAACCCAAAGAUGAAUCUCCUUCUUCGUGGAGACUGGGACUCAGAAAAACUGGCAGCCACAACAUGUUGAGUGAGGUGGCCAAUCCCAGGGAAGCUCUAAGGGACCGAGGCUCUUCCAUCUACCGGUCAUCAUCAAGUCCUCGGAUUUCUGCUCUCCUGGACAACAAAGAUAAGGAGAGAGAAAACAAAAGCUAUUUUAGUUCACUAGCACCCCGGAGGCUCAGCAGCACAAGUGACGUUGAAGAAAAGGAGAACAGAGAAUCAGCUGUGAAUCUAGUGAGGAGUGGUUCAUAUACACGGCAGCUGUGGAGGGAUGAAGCGAAGGGAAAUGAAACUCCACAGUCAGUUGCUCCUUCUACCUAUGUAUCAACCUACUUGAAAAGUGCCUCAUUUGGUAGAAGUAGUGACCCCACAAGUCCCUACAUUUCAGCCAAUCGCAAUUCAUCUCCUGCUACCUCACCCAUUACCAUUGGUUCAUCUACCUCUCGGGGCAGCAGGUGGCAACCUGCCUCUUGCCCUACACCAAUCAGUGCAAACACUGCUGCAUCUGUACACCAUGGCAGGACUCCUUACAAAUCCCAGGCUGACUCAACAGUAGAGAAAACAGCAGACAAUGUCUCUUCUAGCACCCCACUCUGUGUGAUCACUAAUCGCCCUCCACCUAACACUGCCAAUGGGGUUACAACUGCCACUCUGCUCUCCACUCCUGGAACAGACUCCUCUGUGGAAGCCAGGGACAGGAGGAGGUCGUAUCUGACUCCUGUACGGGAUGAGGAAGCAGAGUCUUUACGGAAAGCACGCUCCAGACAAGCUCGGCAGACUCGAAGGUCUACUCAAGGUGUGACGCUAACGGACCUUCAAGAAGCAGAAAGGACUUUCAGCCGGUCGAGAGCAGAACGGCAAGCUCAGGAGCAGCCUGGCCAGAAGCCCACAGGCACCGAAGGGCUUGAGGGCAGCUCGGAGAAGCAUGAGCCCCCAGCAGUCCCAGCAAAGGAAGCUGGUGAAGGCCGUCAACCCUGGAGCGGGAGUCUGGACGAAGAGCCUGUCUAUCGUCGCCUGAGGUAUACAGCUCAGCCAGACAAAUCCACAACACCGGUGUCUCCUUCUGCCUCAAGACCCUCUCUCUACACCAGUUCCCAUCUGCUACGGACAAGCAGAUCUUCAGUCCCUGACUCUGAGAGCACAGAGACCACCCCAAACACUGCAGUUGCAAAGGAAAUGGACAAAAAUGAGAGUGAAGAAGCAGAUGUGGAUGAUCAGUCCUCUAAUAGACUGUCCAUCCGUGAGAGGAGGCGGCCCAAGGAGCGACGACGAGGCACAGGCAUCAAUUUCUGGACAAAAGAUGAAGAUGAAACUGAUGUCUCUGAAGAAGUAAAAGAAGCACUGCAUGAAAGACUUUCUAGGUUGGAAUCAGGAGGUAGUAACCCUACAAGCAGCGAUUCCUAUGGGGACCGGGCCUCAGCAAGAGCCCGCCGGGAGGCCCGGGAGGCCCGCCUCGCCACCCUGACCAGCCGCGUGGAGGAAGACAGCAACCGGGAUUAUAAAAAACUCUACGAGAGUGCCCUGACUGAAAACCAAAAACUGAAAACAAAACUUCAAGAGGCCCAGCUAGAGCUAGCAGAUAUAAAGUCCAAGCUUGAGAAGAUGGCCCAGCAGAAACAAGAGAAGACCUCUGACCGAUCAUCAAUGCUGGAGAUGGAGAAACGGGAGAGGCGAGCCUUGGAGCGGAAAAUGUCAGAAAUGGAAGAGGAGAUGAAGAACCUCCACCAGCUAAAACAGAUUCAAACCCUGAAGCAGAUGAACGAGCAACUGCAGGCUGAGAACAGGGCCCUGACUCGAGUUGUGGCCAGGCUCUCGGAGUCCGUCGAGUCCUCGGAAGUGCAGGAGCUCUAGUUCUUGCCCCUCCUCUCCACCUCACUUCCCUCCUCCACCACUGCAGGUGUUAACAGAGCUGAAGUCCGACAACCAGAGGCUGAAAGAUGAAAACGGCGCCCUCAUCCGAGUCAUCAGCAAACUAUCCAAGUAGACCAGGCUCCCGACGAGGAGGCCCGGCAGCGCGGGCUGCUCUCCCCCUCGUUCCGGCCGCCGCCUUCCGGCCCCAAAUGGUGAAUGUUCUGGUGGAAGGACUCCCGCACCCCCCUGCAGCCACCUCCCCCGCGCACGUUCCCUCUGCGCUCUCAGCGUCUGUUCCGCCCGUGACCCCCGCCCCCCCAGCUCCAGCGUGGUCGUCGGAGCCGGCUGGAGAGGGCCUUGGGGCCAACACGGGGCUCGGCCAUGGAUCCCGGCCUCCUGCUGCUCAGCUCCUUGCCCACCUUGGGUUGGGCCCGAACCUGUAGGCCUCAGCCCACCCAGUAGCCCACAGCCUUUUCCGCGGACCCCACGUCCCUGGUCUAGGGGAGUCUUACGGUGGCCCCUCCAGGACCUGCCCGGGACGCCAAGAGAUCAGGAUGUUGGCAUAACCGUGGGCCGGCCUCCGGAGCCGAGGUGACAGGCACUCUGCGGCUCUCAGGAACCGACUUUGCUCCGGGGUUGCUGCUCUCUUCUCUGUCGGCAGCCCGGCACCAUCCCCGCCGUGUCUCGGUUCCGUGUCCCCACCCCACCCCCCUGCCCCCUCCCCAGGCUCGGAUGACCUGGCUUCCUUCCUGUCUCGGUCCUUUCAUCGUCCUCGCCGUCGCCCUCAGCCUCCGCCCCCCACGGUGUUGGCCUAGGACGGAGCGUGUGACCCACUCGUCUGGCCACCAUGGAGCACCGUUCUUGGGCACCCGGGAGACCAGGCGAACUGCCUUGACAGCACCACCGGCCCUCGUGCUGCGAAGCCAGAUCCCGGCAGCUGUCCACCCCCGGUUCUCCUCGCCUGCCCCUGUUCCCCAACCAACACCCCCCGCCCCCCCCCCCCCCGUGACCUUGUUCUCCCCUCUCUGCACCGGCACCUGCUCCUCCGGAGAAAGGAAGUCCUUGCGAGGAGGCCUGAGAGCUGGGGAGGGAGGCUGGGUGGGGGGCCGACCCGGGCCACCAGCCCGUCGGGAGACACGGAUGCUGUCAGCAGGUGUCUGGGGACUCUGGCGGCUGCAUCAGGGGACAGACCCCCGAGAGGGUGGAGGGACGAGCUGCUUCCAGCCCGCUGAUGGGGUCACGGCAUCUUAGAGCGGCGAGGCCCGGAGGUCGCUUGGGGGAGCUUCCCGUCGUCGGGUCGCAGGGACCCGCACCUGCGGCGAGGCCACGGCUCUGCCCCACAGCCGGUGCUCCCGGUGGCUUCAUUCCUUGAAAUGUGGGCAGGUCUGAUAACCAGCAAGCUCCUCCCAGUACGAGCUGGGGUCUGCCUGCGGGGGCUCCGCUCGGCCCUUGGGUCACCUCCCCGUAACCUUCCUUCAGGUGGGCGCCUUCUGGGCCUUUAGGGCGCCCCUCACGGCGUCCGCUCCUGCCAGUCCCACCUCGUCUGGCCUCCGCUGGACAGAAACGGCCUCUUAAAACAGCCAAGCCCAGGCGUGGCCAGCUCCUGCCUCAGCACAGGGGCAGGCGGCUGGCCGUGGGGGCGACCCCCUGCCGCCCCUUAACCUGUUGGUCCUUCAUCGGUGUCUCCGCCCGGUUGGCUUCUCUGUAGUGCAGCUCGGGAACUCCUUGGCUGGGAUAUUCAGCGCUUGCAGGGGCCGUUCUCCGAACACAUACUACCUCUGGCCAUUUUUAAUUUCUUUCCAGAAAACGUCAGUGUAGUGCUCUGCGGCCCGUCUGAAACAUCGCAUGCUCUUUAAACCAGAGGCUGUCAUUCAGGAUCCUAAUUCCAGAAUAGGAAAUGUGUCCCCGCUGGCAAGGCCCCAUACAGCAUUCUUCGUUCCCAAGCACUACUACUGAUUGGGGUUUUGCAUGCGCAGGGGAAUGCUGUGGGCUCCGUUCUCGGCAAAAGCUAAGUCAGGGUAAAACGCUUCCUCGCGGCCACGACACACAUCCCCUGGUUUUGGGGGGCCGGGGGGGGGGACCAACACACCCCGGGCACUGGGCAGGGCUUGGGUGUGGUUGCUGCGUCUUCCUCAGGGACGGAGAGCAUCUCGCCCCUCUUCACCGGGCAGCCUGGGCCCGGCUUCCCGAGGGCCCCCUCCUCUGCUGGUGCCUCGCAAGAGCGUGGGACGGGAUCUUAAAACUCUGAGGUUGGUGUUAGGCCCCGCUACCACACGCAGCCCUUGCACAUCAAAGAUGCCUUUUCUUGCCAGAAAGUUCUCCUUGUGAUGAAACAUUUACAAGCAUUUCGAUCUCAGGAAUAUUGGAUUCUAUGCCCAAGAAAUCGUGAAAGUGUAAACCAUCCUGGGUAAUUUCAGACACUCUCUGUUAAGGAAUUGAUUUUAUUACACGGACACACUCAGCAUCCCGGUCCCUUCCCAGAGGGUCAGACGCCCUUUCUUCACAGCUGCCCCAGGACUGCUGGUUAGAGACCAGCAGGAGGCCUCCCUUCUCUUGGGCUGUCGGCCUCUUCGGUGGCCACAGGUGCCCUGUCCUCGGCCUACUGGUCUGGAUACCCGGGCACCCCAACCCCAGGGGCUCAAGCUGCGUGAAUACGGCGGGUCUGGCCAACGGCCGGUGCUCGGCUGCACCGUCAGAGUCUUUACGGGAAGUGCCACGAUGGGGCAAGGAGGUUUCAGUACAACUUUCCAUCCUCUCUUCUCAUGAAUUUGAUGUUUUUCAAAACCAAGCCACACCUUUGGGAGUAGCGGUUCGGCCAUUCCAGAGACUCUGGCUGAAGUUUCCCUGCUUCGCCUGUUUGUCUCCAGGGCUUGUUCUCCAGACGGCCCUGGGCCUUGAGCACUGCCAGGGCUGCGUCUGCUGCAACCGGCUCCCGCACGUCCUGGGGCGUCGCCUCUAAGGAGUCUGAGGCCCAGGCCUGCCCUGGGCUCCUCGGGGUGCUGAACCCCGUUGGGCGGUCUCGCUCACUAGUCCCUGGACCCUCCCUGUCUUUUUCCAUCAGCCACAGGACGCGUUCGCUUCUCUUCUGGGCCUUCCCGUCUCCCACCCCAGGUUGGAGGCCAGGGUGCAUUUCUUGCUCUCCGAGGCCACUGAAGGGGGCCUCAUCUCUGGUUUGGAUCAUUUCACGUGCUUUACCCCCCCAAAACAAAACGUGCUUAUUUGACGGUUCUGCUCAGGAACACAAGGCUGAAGGCCACCAGCCAGCCUGUGAAUCCCACAGGAUGUGUGUCAACCCCUGUUUUGCCAUCAAGGGCUUUUAAUGGAGUCAGAAGCAGCCCUGCCCUUGGUUUGGUCUUGGGAUUUCUGGCAAAGGAACCCGCCCGCAGCCAGCCUCCCCUCCGGGGUCCUGAGUCUGCCUCCUGAGGACGUGGGCACCCCUCGGGGGGGGCGAGGUGUGAGGGGAGAGGACGGAGUCGGUGCUUCAGCUUCCAGGCUGCUUUGCCCCCCAGAGUCCGAGCGGAGGAUUCAGCAGCUGAGCCAUCUGGAGGAGGAGUCCCGGGGCCUCCCCCGGGUGAGCCACCGGCCCCCCUGGAGCAAGCUGUGAGGUGGCGCCGCAGCCCCACACCUGCUGUGUUGUCGUCAGGCCCAGUCAUGGUGCGGGUCCUGGUCCCCGCACUGGUGUUGGGGGGGAGGCAGCGCGGGGGGACAAGUCCCCCAGAGUCAGAACCAGCAGCCGGGUGCUGGGCAGCCCUGCGGCCCCCGCAGUCCUCUUACCAGUGUGCACAGCGCACUUGGACCCCAUAGCCCUUAGGGUCCUUUCUCAGCUUAAAAUUCCGGGGUUUAGUUAUUCCUACGACGAUUAGGACAUUUCGUGAACUCCGAAUUCUUGCUCUUUCUAACGGCAGAAAAUCUUGUUUUCUUCUGGAUUCUGUGACCCAGGUUGCCCUCCCGGCCUUGCUGCAGAGCGGACCUGACGCUGAGGGUGACUGGCUGGCGGAGCGGUGGCUUUGCGGCCUGGUGGGAGCCCGGGGUCAGCUCGGGGGCUGCAGCCACAGUAGCUGCUGGGCCGGGGCGCGGGGCCCUAACCGCCGCCGCGGGGCGGCCCCUGCCUCUCUGGGGUCACCAGGGUCGCUUCUCCGUCCGACCCUCGGCGGCAGGCGGGUCCUCCUCAGGGCAGCCGCCGCCUGGAGUCGUGCGCCGCUCCCCGGCUGCUGACCCGCAGCGCCCCCGGGCCGCCCCGUGGAGCUCCCGUGGGUGCACAGCCGCCCCGCCCCGCCCCGCCCCGCCCCCACCCCACCCGGCGGGAGCUCGGGGCCCUCGGAGGUGCUGCUUGCAGCGGCCCCGCCACCUGCCGCAGGAGGCCCCGAGCGAGGCUGGGGGCGGGCAGUGACCACGUAGGGGUGGGGGCGCCUGUAAGGCCCCGGUCGCCCCGCCCCUGCCCCCUCCCCCCCAGCCGAAGCGCACGUGUGACUCUUGGGCCCACGUGUGGAUUCACUUGUUGUAAAUAUACGGGGGGGGGGGGGGCGCAGAUCCGCUUUGUGAAUUGAAUGUAUUUUUAUGCAACUCUGAGUGGCCUUUCAACCGCCAGACGCGCGAUGCCGCCGCGCUGGUUGGCCGUAGUGUUAGUGCCCGUGUUCGCGAGUUGGAGUAAUAACAGUCACACCUGCGGCGCCUGCAGACACAACCGUAUUUAUAAACAAGUAAAUAAACCGUGUUUUGACUUUGUGA